CGAGGCGGCCGGGCUCGGGGUGCUAUGGCUGUGCCGCAGCGGGGGGCCGGGCCGCUCUGGGCCGAGCGGGGUUGGUACCUGUCCGCCCGCGAGCAGCCAGAGGAUGAGGAGGAGGCGGACGAGGACGGGGAGUCCGCCCCGCUGCUGCUGCCGCCGCCGGGCAGCGUGCAUGAUUCUCAAAGUCAUGGUUCUUCCUUUGGUUUCUCAGUAUUUAAUUUAAUGAAUGCUAUCAUAGGAAGUGGGAUACUUGGCUUAUCCUAUGCUAUGGCCAACACAGGGAUCGUGGGGUUUAGUAUCUUGCUGCUGAUUGUUGCUGGCCUUGCUUCUUACUCUGUAUUUCUUCUGCUCAAUAUGUGCACUCAGACUGCUGUCACUUCUUAUGAAGACCUUGGCCUGUUUGCAUUCGGAUCACCUGGAAAGGUCCUUGUUGCAACUACAAUAAUUAUCCAGAAUAUUGGAGCUAUGUCAUCUUACCUUUUAAUUGUCAAGUCUGAACUUCCUGGUGCUGUUGCAGGAUUCUUAAGUGAAGACAAGAGUGGGUCUUGGUACCUUGAUGGCAGACUGCUGUUACUGAUUACUUCAAUCUGCAUUGUUUUUCCUCUUGCGCUUCUUCCUAAAAUUGGCUUUCUUGGCUACACAAGUAGUUUAUCAUUUUUCUUUACGGUGUACUUUGCUCUUGUGAUUAUGGUUAAAAAAUGGUCAAUCCCUUGUCCUCUGCCUUUAAGUAGCGCUGUAGAGACCCUACAGGUUUCAAAUUCUACUGGGGAUUGUAAAGCAAAGCUCUUUCAUCUUUCAAAAGAGAGUGCUUAUGCAAUACCAACGAUGGCCUUCUCUUUUCUCUGCCAUACGUCAGUCUUACCCAUCUAUUGUGAGCUCCAAAGUCCAUCCAAAAGUAGAAUGCAGAAUGUAACUGUCACAGGAAUUGGUCUGAGUUUCCUAAUUUACUUUUUGUCCGCUCUGUUUGGGUACCUGACAUUUUAUGACAAAGUGGACUCUGAAUUGCUACAGGGUUACAGCAGGUACCUGCCUCAUGAUACUGUCAUCAUGACUGUUAAAGUAGCCAUCCUGUUUGCUGUGCUUUUGACAGUCCCUCUAAUCCAUUUCCCAGCAAGAAAGGCUGUAUGGAUGGUGUUUUUCUCUCAUCUUCCUGUGUCGUGGAUUUGCCAUAUCCUUGUCACUUUAACACUGAAUACAAUUGUUGUGUUGUUUGCGAUGUACGUGCCAGACAUUAAAAAUGUAUUUGGAGUAGUUGGUUCAACCACAUCAACAUGUUUGCUUUUUGUUUAUCCUGGACUAUUUUAUCUUAAACUUAGCAGAGAGGACCUUUUAUCACGACAGAAACUUGGGGCAUGUGCAUUGGUUGUUUUUGGUAUUUGUGUUGGCCUUCUCAGUUUAGUUCUAAUAAUUUUCAAUUGGACUGACCAGUAACAGAUUGUUGUUAGUGUCUCAACUGAGCUUCGGAAGGACAAGAACCAGAGACAUGUCAAAACUACCAGGAUGAAUGCUGGAUAUCCUCAGGGAAACAUUGACCAAAGCUAUCUGUGGAAGAAAUAAUGCUGGUUUUCACUGCAUUAGUGAUGUUCCCUUAAUCUUGAGUCACUCUCUUCACUUACUGGACAAAUUAGUCUUUGCCAUUCUAAAAUAAUAGUUUUUAAUUAUGAAAUCAUGAUGGGUAAAAAGGUCUCUUGGAUUUCUGCAAUGCAAAAAUGCUUCAGUGCAUGUGGUGGACAAAGGCAAAAUCCUGAACUAACUUUUGUUUCAAAGACAAUGAGUUGGAUAGAUCUGCUAUAUAGAUAUGCUACAUCAGUCAUGAUGUGCAUAUCUUGAUGUGCGCAUUUAGGGUAACACACACAUUGUCCUAGACAGUGAAAGAUUUCUAUUGCUUGAAUAAUUUCCAAAAUUUCAGCCAGUUCAUAUUAAGAACUGAUUCCAGAUGUUUACCCUAAUUUAUCCUAAUAUGGAUCCAGAAACCAACUGUCUUAGCCCAGUUUAAUGGGCACAUCAUGAUAAUAUUUGUUAAUUGUUUUUUGAAACACAGUUUUUAUACUUCCACAUACUAGAAUCAUACUGAAGUAAUUUUUAAAAUAGGUUUUGCCCAUUUAGCAUAACAGCUUUUAGUAGCAUUGGGAAGUAUUUCUAUUUUGCUGUUAAUAAUAGACAUUCUUCAACUAAUAUGUAUUUUUGGAUAUUAUUCAGUGCACCUCAGUAUUUCUCCCAGUGAAAGACUUCUUUUGUUUUUAUUAUUCCUAUUUUUACAAGUGUUUCAUAUUUGAAAUAGUGUUUCUAUAUUUUAUGUACUGUUGUAUAUCAGGUUUGGGUUUGAAAUGUGAAAUUCUGCCUCUGUUGAAGACAAAGGACAUCUUACGUUUAUGGAACCCUAAUUUUACUUUGUAUCUCUAUGAACUUCCAUGUAUUCUUUUAUAACUCUUUUCCUUGCAUAAAUGAAAUGUGAAUGCAGUUUUCAACACCCAGCCAGGUUCUGUUAAACAUGGUAUUGAGGAGCCACCAUGGAAGUUUCUCGUAUUAGUAGAAAAGUAGUAAAGCAGUAGCUGAUAGCAUGGUAAGGUUUUUAAAAUUUGUUUUUAUCAGAUGGGAUCUGAUAACUUUAAACUCUCUUGAGACUGGGCUAUUUUAUGCACUAAGGAAGAAGCUAAGCCUCCACAGAAAGGGCAUGUGAAAAGUUAAGAAAUCAGCCUCAAAUGGUAAGAUUGAGAGAUUGGGAAAGAUCUUCAGUAUUUCCAGAUGCAAUCAUUGUUUGAAUUAAUCUUAGCACUUUCACAUCUGGGAAGUGGAAUAAGACACAAAUGAAUUAUAGUGAAGUGAUGCAUCUGUGCAAUAUAAAAGCAGCAUUUAAGUAAGUUUUCUGCCCACAGGGUACAGAGUUAGCAAAUUAGUUGACGGUUGCCAUAAAGUUCUGCUGAAACAGUUCUGUUAAUAUAAAUGCAAUUGAAUGUGCUUGAUCCUCACUUGACUGUAAUAGGGAGGAACAGCAAAUAGCAGAGUUGGAAUUGUGUCCUUUAUUCCUGAGAUGACAGGCUAGGAUUUCUCAUGCCAACAGGUCACUCGAUUCUCCAGGGAUUUAUAAGAUACUCCUUGGUUUUGACAGAUGGCCUGAAGGCACCCAGGUGGUGCAGCUUGGUACUGCUUCAGGAAUCUUUUUUGCUUGGGGAAUAUCAGGAUUUUAAAAUAGAAUAGACAUUUUGACAUGUGGUGAGGCUGGGGAACAGACAUUUGGUAGAAUCCCAAAGAAAAGGGUCCCAAAGAAAAGAUUGCAGUUAAUUUUAUCUAGUAGACAUUCCAUGGCACAAGAUGAACCAUCUAACAGUUUGUCAGUACCAGAAACAGCAUGUCCAGUCUUGGCCAGAAGUUCGCAAGUACUGUGGCACUGACAGUGGCUUCUGACAAGUGUGUUUUACUUACAGAAAACCAGCAUGACCACAAGAUGUGACAUGUUACUUGCAAAAAAAAAAAAAAAAUGAACUGAGUGAGCUCACUCAGGGGACAAGAAAAGUGAGAGGAGGGUGCUAGGACUGGGAUUAAUCUUUUUCAGCAGCAGCAGCCAUUAGGUAGCACAAAACAUCAUGCUUUGUCCAGCAGUUUUGCUUCAGCAGGUUGAAGUGUGUGUGUGCACAUAAGGGGUGCCUCUAACUGGAGAGGUCUCUUGUCUCCUUUGAUCAAGGGAUUGAGCAGAUUUUCUCAGCAUUGUGGAAGUAUUCAUGGUUGAGGCUUCCUCCCCAUCUUGCCUUUACUCUUGCAGGUCUCCCAGGUUGUUUAACUCUUGAUAACCAGAUGUAGCUGUCUUCCUGCCUGCACCUACCGUCUAAAAGCUGUGUUUCACAGGUUUUGUUACACUUUAGGGAUUUGGUCACUCAGUAUCUCUUGGCAGUAGUGCAAAAAGCUAAAUAUAUACCUCAUAAAAAUGUACCUUGAGAAAGCGAUGACAGCUGUACAUCAGGAAGUGAUUUUCUGUCUGACUGAACCAAAACAUUUUAGGAAACCUGGAGACCCUGCGUUCUGUGAAUGAACUGCAAGGUGUUCUGGGUUUUGUUCUGUUUUCUUUCCAGACACUAGAGUUUAGGAGGAAUAUUUAUUAGAAAUUUCAUGGAGGUUGUUUCUCAUUUAGUACAUGCUCUUGUAGCAUACUGUUGAGUAAAACUUGUAGGAUAUGACUGCAGUCACUUUAUUUUACAUUCCAACCAGCAAGACUUCUGUGAAGGUACAGAACGUUGGCAAAGCUUUACUAAGUUCUUUCUCUUUCCUCCCCCUGAAAAAGGUGAAUCUCGCUGUGCACUGUGAUGCUCUCUGUACACUGUGAUGCUGUUUUCACACACAAGCAGUUGGCUUUGUCUGCAUUGUCUUGAAAAAUGUGACAGAGAAAAUAUCUGAAAUAGUGUUAAUUUUACAGCUGAUUCCUGUAAUGCUAUGGAAAUCACAGCAUCAUUGCUUUUAAUCCCUGAGUGUUAUCAUAACUAACCUGGCUAUUACCUAAUUGUCCUAGUAGACAGACUUUAGAAUGAUGAAUACCAGUGUGUGAAGUUAAUACUUUGUGAGAAUGAAUGGAAGCAAUUUACACCUCUGCUGGAGCUCCAUUAUUACAUUUUGUUUGUGAAGCAGAAAAGAUAGCAGCACAGGGGUUACAGAAUGUAACUGAAAAAGAGUUAGAAAUAUGGCUACUUUUAAGUUUCUAUGAUACAUAGUUUAAAAUAUGGAAGGAGGGAGAGAGCCAGAAAGAAAAAGAACAACUUUUUCCAUACUUACAAAAACGUAUAAAUGCUUUCCACAGUGAAAAAGCAGAGAAAGGACUUUGGGUUUAUCCUUUGCAUCCCUCACAGGAGAAUGUUCUGUUUGUUGUGCCUGCAUAAGCGUUUCACUACAGUUGUGCACUUAUGUGCAUUUUUUUUGAGCAAAACAGGCUUCCAGCCUGGAACUCUGUGCUCCCUCAAGUGCUGAUAAAUAGGUUUUUUAUUUAUUCUUGUGUACAGGGUUGGCUUUUUUUCCUUCUGAAUUUGAGAUUUAUGAAUUUCAGCGUUCUGCUUUGUUUACCUAUGGUUAGCAUUUUCUGACCUUCUUUGCUGAAGAUUUGUCAGGAAUGGGUGAAGGGGCCCACCGUUUUUCUGAAUUCGUUGGGAAAGGUUGCCUUUCCCUAGCUGACCAAGAACAACAAUGAUGGGAAAUGAAUUGGUUGCCUUUGGUUUGUUUUCUCUCUUUCUCCUGUUUCAUUCCUGUCCUAUUGAAAGCUGGUCAAAUUUCAGAUGGACUGUGGUAAGCUGGGUGUGGAGAGUGGCUUUUAUAAACAGCAUUGUAGGAACCAGUACUGCAAAACAAAAGCACUCUACACCUCUUUGUUUUGUGGCAGAUGCUCAUGCUUUAUUGCCAUGUUUCGAAGCAGUUUGUAUCUUAAUAUAUUACUUUUCAUGACAAUAAAUAUGUUUAAAAUUC